GUCAGAGUCUGCUCUUUGAUUUCUGCUGGAGAGUCUGCUGACCUCUGUCGAACUCGUGGGUUUCUUGACUCCUGGAGUUUUGGUUGUAAGCAUCAGUAGACUCUAGAUACUGAAACUAAAAAAAAAGGAGAGGCGUGGUGGUUUACUGAAGCGAAGAAAAAAUGAACAAGAGAUCUAGGACAUAGGAAUCGGUGAGCUGACUUGGAAGUGGGUUAUAUCCUGUGUUGUGACCUCAUGGUUUAAGUGGGAAUAAAGAUGAGUAUAAGCAGUGAUGAGGUCAACUUCUUGGUAUAUAGAUACUUGCAAGAGUCAGGAUUUUCUCAUUCAGCGUUUACCUUUGGUAUAGAAAGCCAUAUCAGUCAGUCUAACAUAAAUGGUGCCCUCGUCCCACCUGCUGCAUUGAUUUCUAUCAUCCAGAAAGGUCUACAGUAUGUAGAGGCAGAAGUUAGUAUUAAUGAGGAUGGUACCUUGUUCGAUGGUCGGCCAAUAGAGUCUCUGUCGCUGAUAGACGCCGUAAUGCCUGAUGUGGUGCAGACCAGACAGCAAGCUUACAGGGAUAAGCUCGCACAGCAGCAGGCCGCAGCUGCCGCCACCUCCACAGCCGCCACAAACCAACAGGGGUCUGCAAAAAAUGGAGAAAACACAGCAAAUGGGGAGGAGAACGGAGCACAUACUAUAGCAAAUAAUCAUACUGAUAUGAUGGAAGUGGACGGGGAUGUUGAAAUCCCUCCUAAUAAAGCAGUUGUGUUACGGGGCCAUGAAUCCGAAGUUUUCAUCUGUGCCUGGAACCCCGUUAGUGAUCUCUUGGCAUCGGGGUCUGGAGACUCAACAGCAAGAAUAUGGAAUCUUAGUGAAAAUAGCACUAGUGGCUCCACACAAUUAGUACUUAGACAUUGUAUACGGGAAGGAGGGCAAGAUGUCCCAAGCAACAAGGAUGUGACAUCCCUAGAUUGGAAUAGCGAAGGUACACUUCUAGCAACUGGUUCAUACGAUGGAUUUGCCAGGAUAUGGACUAAAGAUGGUAACCUUGCUAGCACCUUGGGGCAGCAUAAAGGCCCUAUAUUUGCAUUAAAGUGGAAUAAGAAAGGAAAUUUCAUCCUCAGUGCUGGAGUAGACAAGACUACAAUUAUUUGGGAUGCACAUACCGGUGAAGCCAAGCAACAGUUUCCCUUUCAUUCAGCUCCGGCACUGGAUGUUGAUUGGCAGAGCAACAACACCUUUGCUUCUUGUAGUACAGAUAUGUGCAUUCAUGUCUGUAAAUUAGGACAAGACAGACCUAUCAAAACAUUCCAGGGACACACGAAUGAAGUAAAUGCUAUCAAAUGGGACCCAACUGGCAAUCUUCUGGCCUCCUGUUCUGAUGACAUGACUUUGAAGAUAUGGAGUAUGAAACAAGACAAUUGUGUCCAUGAUUUGCAAGCACAUAAUAAAGAAAUUUAUACUAUCAAAUGGAGUCCAACAGGGCCAGGGACAAAUAAUCCAAAUGCCAACCUUAUGUUAGCAAGUGCAUCCUUCGAUUCUACUGUUAGAUUAUGGGACGUAGACCGAGGAAUUUGCAUCCAUACUUUGACAAAACACCAAGAACCUGUGUACAGUGUGGCUUUCAGCCCUGAUGGCAGGUACCUGGCAAGUGGUUCUUUUGACAAAUGUGUGCACAUCUGGAACACACAGACAGGUGCUCUAGUUCACAGCUAUAGGGGAACAGGUGGAAUUUUUGAAGUUUGCUGGAAUGCAGCAGGAGACAAAGUUGGAGCCAGUGCAUCAGAUGGUUCAGUUUGUGUGUUAGACCUUCGGAAAUAGCGCUACUAGUUGGAAGCCAUGGACCGACUAUGAAUGUGUACAUAGCCAAAAUGACUGUCCCUGACCCAUGUACUGCUAUAGUCCCACUUGAACCAUGGCCAGUCCACUACAGCCAAAUCUAAAAGAAAUAUAUACAUACAGUGUAUAUAAACAAAAUUGCACCCUGAAGAUGACAGAAUUUUGUCACAGCUUGUGAAUUCUGUUCACCAAGUGCUGGAAUCUAAUCUGCUGUGCCCCUAAAAUAGCAUUUAGAAGUUUUGGAUAUGAAAAACAGAAGACAGAAAGAAAUAUGCGUUAUAAAAGCAGCCCAUAUGUGUACCAGUUUUUGGAUACUAAUGACAGCCUUGUUUCUCCCCUUUGAAUCAGAAGACACCAUGGAUUAUAUUCUUUUUUCCCUUCAGUAGUUGAGCAGUUUGUAUGUACAGAGAAAAUGGACUUACAAAAACUUGCAGCAGUAGUUUGUUCUUGCUUUUAAACUUUGUUUUUGGUUUAGUUUAUGGAUGCAUGAAGUAAGGGAGUGAAUCAGUUUCUUGUUUAUAUUUUUUUCACCUUUUAAACAAAAAAAAUUCUUAAAAAUAUUUUAAUGCAUUCUUUUGAAGAGAUAGAUGUUUGGUACAUUUUAUGGCUCCCAGAGCAUAUAUUCAAUUGGUGCAUGUUGUGGAAGGGGGAAUUGGAAAUUGAAUGAAAAUAUAUGACUUUUGGUCAUGUCAAUCUGUAAGACACACAGUAAAAGGAUAUUAUGCUCUGUUUUUUUUUUUUGUUUGUUUGUUUAGUUUUUGUUUUUUGUUUUGUUUUGUUCUUUUUUGGUGAUGUGGCUUAAAUGCAAUAGUUUCUUUUUGGGGACAUAUUUCUGCCAAUUAAAGACUAGAAGGGCACAAUUUUUUUUUAAUACCAUAGAGAAGAUGCAUAAAAAAAAUCUUCUGAUGUUUUGUAGCCAUAACUAAAUUAUGGUUAAAAUGUGCACUAUUGUGAAAAGGAGCAAAGUAGGUUUGGGGUUUUUUUGUUUGUUUGUUUUGCUUUGUUUUUUAAGAGAUUAAAAUGUUUCUGGAUAAGGAUUAGCUUCUCAAAGUGUCCAUCAUUCUGUGUAGAAGCUUAAAUAUGUAAUGUAACCAAACUCCAGUAUUAAAAAAAAUCUCUCAUGUUUUUUUCUUUAUAUAAAACAAGAUUAUGGCAUAUAACACUGCCAUUACAUGGCAAAAUGUUUGCUACCUUAGUUUAAAAACAAUCUUUAAAACAAAAGACUUGCUUCAAGGUGUUUUUAAAUAGCAGUGAUUCAGAAUUCAAAAACAAAAAAAGUAUAAUUGCACUAACCUCCCUGCUGCUCUGAUUCUGCAUUCGUGGUACUUGUGACUACAUUUUUUUUUUCAAAUACAAAUAGAUUGAAGCUGCUAUUUUUUUUUUUUUUUUUUUUUUAGUAAUCACUACUAUAUCAUGUCUUUUACUCUGUUUAUAAUAUCAAGUAUUUUCUGAAAGAUCUAGGUAUCAGAGCAAACCUCUUCUUGUGUUCAUGCAGCUAAAAGCUAAAAUACACAGAAUUCGCAAAUGAUAGCACGGGGCCGUGUUUAUAUGUGUGACUAACAGGGUUUGUCGUGAUUAAUGUAAGUAAGUAUCCACAGGUGUCAAUUUUGAAGAGAAUAGUUGUCAAAUUUAUAUCUCAAAGAUUUUAAUUAAGGAGUUGCUUAUUAUUAAGCUUAGCAAAUUUAUAACACUAUUUCCGUCACUAAUUACUUUGAGGCCUUUACUACUAAAACUUUAACCUAUGUUUUAAGUUGAAGUGGAAACCAAUUUAACCCAAGUAAUGCAGCUUUGAUUUUCAGCAUUUGUUGUUUUGCUGUUUCUACAAAACAGCACUGAUUGAAGCAAGUCUUGGUUUUACUAAGGUAGGAUAGCAUUUGCUAUUGGUAAAGAGAAUAAAUACACUUAAUUUCACAGUACGUUGUUACAUGUACCCCAGUUAUUGUUAGUGGGGACUAUGAUACUGUAAUAAUAUUUUUAAAAAUUCACAUCGAGAGAGGCAGUCAUUCACGAUGGUUUUGUGCCAGCUGUUUUUAGGGUUUUGGAUCACAUUAUAGAUAUUUAGAACUAUUACCCUGUGACUUAUGUAGGAAACCUAAUAUGCUGAGUAUCUGGCACUUGAAAUCCUGCUUUUAUUGCUAGAGGUCCACAUCUAUGGUUGACCUCUGUUGUUGUUUAAAAAAAAUAAAUAAAAAUUUAAAAAUCUGUGCAAUAAUUUUUAAAUGUGCUCCCAGGAAUAGACACAAAUGUUUUGAGUAGAUUUAAGCUGCAUUUUCCUUUAGUGAUGCAUCUGUCAAUUGCACUGAAUUUAAAUCUGAAAGUCAGAGGUGAUUAUUGAUAGUACUUUUGUAUUUUGAUAUGGACAAUUUAUUCAUUUGCAUACAGUUAUUGACUUUUUUUUCCCCAGCUGAUUAAAAGAUAGUCAAGAAGUUCUGCAGUAUAGCUGCCAAAGUAGACAGCUACAUUUUGAUGGUGUUGUCACCUUUUCUUUCUUUUUUUUUUUUCUCUUUAGCUAUUUUACGUAAGCAUAAUAGCCACAAUAGGACAUAUAAAAGAUUAUAAAUACAGAGCUUUAUUAUCCUGAAGUCUUGGGUCUUUUAAGUAUAAACUUUAUCGGAAAGGUAUCCAUUUUGUAGGGUUGGGUUCUUUAUGAGCAUACAGUUGUUUAUUUUUGCUGCUGUUCUCAACAUCAUCAUUGCCUGCUGAUGUGCCACGAUGCUGCUCCAGUAGACAAAAGUAAGAUUGCCUCUAAUUUGAGCAGUAACUUGAUUGUAGGAGACCAGGUUUCACGCCUGCACAAUUCUGUAUUUGAGGUCCUUGGCUCAUUUUUCCUUCCUUUUUUUCUAAGAACUUACUCCUGAAGAUCAACGGAUUCCAGUAGAUUUCCUACGGUAUUCAUUGUGUAUCGUUGUUGUAUAAGCUACUGUAAGAAACUUAUGAGGAAAAAUAGAAAGGAAAACUUGAAUGCAUAGAGUACUCGUUGGUUAAAGUAGAAUAAAGAGCGAGCAGCUGUCACUCUUAAACUUCAUACAGGAAGAUCUGUUUUCUUCUCCAUGUAGGAAAUCCCUGUACCUCCUUCUAUUUGUUCGAUCCCCAUUUCUGUCGUUGAUCAGAUACCAUCAUUGACUUUCAAAUGACUUUUAGAAGUGGCAACUUUUAAUUUCUUAAUAGAUUUUAGAGUAUAUCGAAUUCUGUUUUAAUUAAUAAUUCUCUAGGUAAGUAUGUUUUAGGAUUAAACACCUUUUACAGAUACUGAAAGUGCCUCCUUUUGUGGUGUAAAAAACAAAUUAUGGUGCAAAAAGUAAUUAUUAGAUUGAAUUACAUGAAGGUUUUUUGCUUUUUGACAUAUAGAAAUGUCAAGAGAAAGGCCAAAGAUUUGUACUUUUUCACUUAUAAAGCACUCCUUUUUUCCUUAAACUUCUUUCUGUCAAAUUAGAUUUAAUGAGAGAGUACUAUUUUUAAGGAGCUAUCUGUUUAUGUAGAAUGAUUUUGUUAAGAGUAAUGUAAACUAUUAUCGCAUAGAGGCCUGAAGAGGAGUAUGCAUUUUUGCUAUUUUAAAGGAAUCACAAAUGACUGUCCUUAUGUGAGCAAAAAUGUUACGUUUUACUAGAUAAGCAGAAAAAUAAAUCUCAAAUGCAGUGCCGUUUACUCUUUUCAAAACCGUUUUCAUCUUCUUAAGCACAUUGUACAUUUCUACAAAACCUGCAUUUAUCCUCACAUGCUAAGGGUGGUACUUGCAUUUGGUGAAUCACUGGUGACUGUUUCCACAGAAAUUCUAUUUCAGUGGACCAACAUUGUGGCAUGGCAGCAAAUGCCAACAUUUUGGGGAAUAGCAGCAAAUCUACAAGAGACCCUGGUUGGUUUUUUGUUUGUUUGUUUUCGUUUUUCCUUCUGAAUCAGCAGGGAUGGAAGGAGGAGAGCGUAGGGAAGUUACAAAUGACUCCUUCCGGUAGUAGCUCUGAAGUGUCACAUUCUAUCCAUUUUUUUUUUAACAUGAUUCUAGUUAAGUGUAGAAGAGAGAAAAAAGAGGAAGUGUUCACUUUUUUAAUACACUGAUUUAGAAAUUUGAUGUCUUAUAUCGGUAGUUCUCAAGUAUUAAUAGCAUUCUUUAUUUCUGCCUUUACGUUGACAGUGUUGAAGCAGGGUGAAUAACUAGGGCAUAUACAUAUUUUUUUUUUUUUUCCUAGUAAGCCGUUUCACGAUGUUUUCUUUGGAGUUUCUGCAUAAGUUCAAGGAAACAUUCUGCAUGUUGUAUCUAAGUCUGAUGUACUUACCCAUCUCAUUAAAAGCAAACACAGGCUGCGUUUUGUGGCUCUGUGGCCCCUAAAUACAGAAGCAAUUCUCUUCUUUCCUGACUUUGACAUUGUAGCUAUGAUGUUCUGAUUUUGAUUUUGGCAAAUCCUUUGGGUCUAAUUCUGUGAGCCUACCUAUAGCACUGGAUUAAAAUGUCUGCAUCAUUUCUUUAGUUAUCCAGCUAACUUUAAAACUGUUGUAAAAGUGUAAACCAGCCCAUGACAGUUUUUUGUACCUGUUAAAGAACGUUCUUGUUCAGUUUUCAUGAUUCUUGUGUAAGGAAGACUGAUCUAGAUGUUCUCUGCUGUCCUGGACCAUGUUAAUUACACUCACAAUGUACUUUGGUUCCACAUCACAAUGAUUUGUCCCCAAUGACCCUUUUAUCCUUUCUAGGCACAUUUUUGUUGUUGUCGUUGUUGUUGCAGUUUCCCUUUGCAUUGUAUUGCUUUGACAACUGUAAUUUGAAUCAGAUCUGAAAGAGGUCCAGAAUAAAAUAUAUUUUGAUAUUAUGUUGGCUGUGUACAUAUAUGAAACCUUUGAUAUCUAUGUAGUUUGUACAGACUAUUUACUAGUCAAGUAAAGAGAGGGAUGCUAUCUCUUGUUUACAAUUUCUUGUUUACAUUUUAAUUGCAUUUACUCCUCCGAUGUUCUAUUGUAGAAUAAACUUUUUUUGCUCUGA